CCUAAAUUUCUAGCCCCCUUUGACGUGUCUCGGCCCCUCCAUGCCGCCGGUCUGUCCCUUAGACAAAUAUGCUAAUUUACGAGGUAUCGGAAGAUAACUAAUCGAUGAUACGGCACUGGUGGCCGACUCCCCAGCGCUUGAUUCCUGCCUAUUUACUAGGCAGGAAUCUAGUGCUUACCUACUAGAGUAGCCAGAGCCGGAGGCUAAUAUUCAUGUUAGCUGUCUAGCUUCAUGCCAAUAUUGAGUAUGGGAGGAUCGCUAGACAGCCUUAAAGAAUCGACGGUGACAAGAAAACAGAGUGCACCAUCCCAUAUAGACACAAUCCCUUGCGUAGCGGUAGUAGGAUGACUAAGGAGUAUACGCAGGGUUUCAGAAAGACUCACUUUCCUUUUUCCCCUCUUUGCUGUCUAGGUAGAAUAUCCACCGUUAAUUUUACUUCACCGUCCCCAGCCGCUAGUCAUCGCCGCAUCAGGCCGAAGUGACAAUCACUAUCACGUCCCAAGAUGGCCAGAUACGUGAGCAGCGCCGUAAUUCUCCUGCUCCUCUUCAUCACAUACAGAAUCGUCAAGUCCAAGCUCAAGAAGCGCCACAACGAUGCCAAAGCGGCCGCUUUGGGGUGUCUAUCGCCGCCCGUGCUGCGCAGCACCAACCUCAUCGGAAACUCCGUUCUCCGGGAGUCCAUGAGGGCCACCAAGGAGGAUCGGGGACCGCAGUACGUCGCGGAGAAGAUGGACAGUGUUUCGCCGUCCUGCCACACCAUCAAGGUGCCCAUCAUCGACUACGAGAUCAUCGUGACGCGGGACCCGGAGAACGCGCGGGCGCUGUUCACGAGCGCGGACUUCGACAUCAGCCAUCACAGGCAGCUGUCGUGGAUGCCGCUCCUCGGGAAGGGCAUCUUCACGAGCCGCGGCGACACCUGGAAGCACAGCCGCGCGCUGCUGCGCCCGCAGUUCGCGCGCGAGAUGAUCAGCGACCCGCAGCUCGAGGAGCAGCACCUGGCGCACCUGUGGCGCCGGCUUCCCGCAGACGCGGCGACGGGUUGGACGGGCAAGGUCGAUCUUGCGCCACUGUUCUUCAAGUUCACGCUCGACACGUCGACGGAGUUUAUCUUCGGCCAGUCCGCCAACUCUCUUCUCCAAGACGAACAGAGUCAGGACUCGGAGAAGAAGAGUCUAGCGAGCCACUUCAACGCGGCGAAAGUCUGGAUCGACAAGCGCGGCGCGCUAGCCAAAUUCUACUGGCUGAUGAACAGCGCCGAAUUCACGCAGCACUGCGCCGCGAUCCACGCCUUCGCCGACGGCCUCGUGGCCGACCGUCUCGCGAACCCGUACCACGCAAAACAAGACCCGGAGAAGGGCGCGCGGUUCAGCCUCCUCAACGAGCUCGCGAAAGACACCCAAGACCCGCGCGAGCUCCGCAACGAGACGCUGCACGUGCUGAUCGCCGGCCGCGACACCACGGGCUGCCUGCUGGGCUGGGUGCUGUACUUCCUGGCGCGGCACCCGCGCGUGUACGCGCGCCUGCGCGCCGAGAUCGUCGACCGGUUCGGCGAGACGGCGGCGCCGGACUUCCGGCAGCUGGCACAGGUCUCGUAUCUCCAGUGGAUCAUCAGCGAGACUUUGCGCUUCGCCACCGUGAUCCCGCUGAACGAGCGCAUCGCGCUGCGCGACACCGUGCUGCCGGCCGGCGGCGGGGCCGACGGCAAGGCCCCCGUUUUCGUGCCUGAGGGUACGCAGGUGCUGGUCCCGCUGUAUGCGAUGCAGCACCGCGCUGAUAUAUGGGGUGCUGAUGUGGAGGAGUUCCGCCCUGAGAGGUGGGAGACGCAUCGUCCUGGUUGGGAGUACAUUCCGUUUGGGGCGGGAGCGAGGAAGUGUCUGGGUCAGCAAUUUGGUCGUCAGGAGGUAGGAUACGUCGUCUCGCGCUUCUGCCAGAAGUACGACCGCAUUGAAAACAUGGAAGAAGGUGACGGCCGGAUCCGCUUACACCACGCCAUCGAGAAUCGGUCCGGCACUGGUGUACAAGUGCGACUGCACGAAGCGAAGGCUUCUACGUGAGUUCGUUUGUGGAGUUAUAAUUGGUGAGAACGGUGUAUUUUAGCUUAAUACCUUAAUGUUUACAAGAUGAAUUACAUGAAAUUGACUGUAUAUACAUAUGUUUGCGAUCCGUACAGUUUACGAUUGUUUGCAAUGUAUCCGUGUCUUUCACGAAUUUCCCCUU